AUGGAGUUGGAUAUAGACGAAGUGCGUAAAAAAAUUGAAGUGAAAUAUGUGGUUGAAGGAAACUCUUCUUUAAUUGUAAUAAGAAACGACAAUGGAGUGAGGGUUUACGUUGAGUUCAAGAAACAACUUGCUGGUUUGGUUAAUUUUUCGAUUUGUAUUUCAAGUUGCGAUAAAGACAAUAGUGAAAUAGAGUUUGAUAAAGCCACUGGUUCUGUAAUGUGUAUCGAGGGUAGUGAAUAUGAUUCAGUUGCGUUGAUAGUUGUUGAAACGGAUAAUCAGUAUGCUCUAUAUGUGCCUGAAAUGGAAGUUAAAAACUUCAUUACUUAUUGCAAGAAUACUGAAAUAAUGGUGAGUCAGAUAUACAAGGAUAAGGAAACUCUUGUUUCAGUAAUGUCAAGACACGCAAUAGCGAAUGGAUUCAACACAAAAACGAAACGAUCCGACAAAAAAAGCUAUGUACUCAUUUGUCGCAACGAAGAUUGCCAGUGGGUCAUGAAGGCCUCUUGUAUGAACGAAUCGGAAUUGUUUGUGAUUAAAAUAUUUGUUUCGGAGCAUAGUUGCAGUCUUAGGGACCGAGUGCUGAAUAAUGUGGUUGCGACAAGUAAUUUUGUGAGUGAAUUUACUGCACCAAAAUUAAUCAAUCACAAAAGAAUACACACCCCUGCGGACAUUAUCGAAGAGAUGAAAGCUGUUUACAGAGUCGACAUUAACUACAUGAAAGCAUGGCGCGCAAAAGAAAAGACGAUUGCGAUGCUUAGAGGUGGACCAGCAGAUGGAUAUAGAAAAAUAUCCCGUUAUAUAUAUAUGUUGAACCAAGUGUAUCCCCAAUCGCACAUUCGGAUGCAUAAGGCAGUAGAUAACGAGUUUAAAUACUUGUUUAUUGUAUUGCGUCCGAUGAUUAGGGGUUUUGAAUUUUGUAGACCUGUUGUUAUUGUUGAUGGGACACAUUUAAGCGGUCCAUAUGAAGAAACAUUUGUAUCGGCAAGCACAUUAGAUGGUGCAGGUUGUAUUCUGCCAUUAACUUACGGUGUUGUUGAUUCGGAGAAUGACAACGCAUGGAUUUGA